ACAAAUGCCGUACCUGAAUAUCCACUAAUAUCUGUAAUUCACUUUGGAUACUUCAUGCGAUAAAGGAUUUCUUCCGCAGUCUUCUUCAUAAGACUGGAUUUACCAAAUGUGAACCAACCUGAGACCGUGUCCAACAUGUCUCGACGCAAACAGGGCAAACCCCAGCAUUUCAGCAAGAGGGGGGUUUCACCUCCCCAUGUGUCAGAUGACGUUCCAGAGGAGCCAGACACUCAUGCUCAGAUGGUGCAGUGCCAUGAUCAGGACCUCCUUACAUGCGGUCAGUGCCACUCCAGGUUUCCUUUAUCAGAUAUCCUGAUCUUUAUUGAACACAAACGGAAGCAAUGCCAAGACCACAUCUGCAUGGAAAAAGCUGGGGAGCAGCAACUGUCUCCUCCACAUUCAGGCCUGCGCCAGGCCUGUGUCCCUGUGGAGGUGGCUGUCCAGAUGUCUCCCAAUAAAGAGGAGUGCUUGUCCUCCACCCUCCGUGGAAUAUGUCCAAAGCGGGAGAAUAUAACAGAAAAUGAAGAGCCUAGCAGUUACACAUGUAUAACAUGUGUGCAGCCUUUCAGCACUGCAUGGUUUCUGCUGAAACAUGCCCAAAAUACACACGGCUUCCACAUCUACUUGGAAAGUGAACCAGGAGGCCCCUUAACACCACGUGUGGCAUCUGCUUCAGACAUGGUGGGAGACUGUGGUUCACAGCCACCCUUGCACGCAACCUAUCUAGUGGACAGCAGUCCCUUCAACCUAAUGACGAUACAGAGCAGGGAUGAUGCUUCAGCCACAAUGGAGGGUCAAUAUCCUAGGACACCUCCACUUUUCAGUCCCCCACCACAUCACCACAUGAGCACUGAUGAUGUGACUCUGGCCCAUCACCACCCAAGCACCUUUGACAGGGUAAUGCGACUGAAUUCAGUCCCCCUGGAUGCUCCAUCUAUGGACUUUUCACGCAGGCUACGGGAACUGGCUGGACAUUCUAGUGCAUUUUCACCACCCAUGUCUCCUAACCAGCCCAGCCCUAUUCAAAAGCUUCUACAGCCAUUCCAGCUGGGGGCUUGCCAGUCUCCUUCUGGCCCCAAAACUACACCCAGCCAGCAAAUACUCACUACACCAGUCCUCAAGGUCAGGUCCUGUGAGUUCUGUGGUAAGUCUUUCAAGUUCCAGAGCAACCUGAUUGUUCAUAGACGCAGUCACACUGGAGAAAAGCCUUACAAGUGCCACCUGUGCAAUCAUGCUUGUACCCAGGCCAGCAAACUGAAACGCCAUAUGAAAACUCAUCGACAUAAAUCCUUCACCAGAUCCAAAGCAGAUGAUUGUCUUUCAGUUGCCAGUUCUCCUGAUCCAGGCACUGGUGACUUACUAAACAGUGCCACCAAUACUCUCAAAUCAGUAGUGGCUAAGUUGACAGGUGAGAACAAUAGAAUGAUUCAAGAAAAUGGAGAAGUAGAAGAUGAUGAUGAGGAAGAUGAAGAGGAAGAAGAGGAAGUAGAAGAGGAAGAAGAAGAGGAGGAGGAGUAUGAAGAAGAGGAGACUGAGAAUAAAACAGGAGAGAAAAAUGAUUUUAGUUUGCUUCUAGAGGGAUCACGUCAUCAUGAAACCAGUAGGCAGCUGCAUAGCAAAAGUGCUGAGGUGGUUCAGGCUUAUUACAACACUCUAAACCAAUACAAACAAGGUAACCCCAGCUCUGGUAAUGAUUCAGGUGACAGUGAUUCAGCUGUUGAGUCUGACAAAGCUGAAGAAGGCUGCAAAUCAAUGGUGAAUGGAAUAUCCUCCUUAUCUCAUGAAGAUGUUGCACAGAAACUUUUGGCAGGUAGCCCAGGCUCCCUCAGCUCCCUCAACAAGCGCAUCAAGGUUGAGAAAGACCUUGAACCCACAACCCCUACAACCCCCAAUACUGAAAACAUUUAUUCCCAGUGGCUGGCUGGAUAUGCUGCCUCUCGUCAAGUCAAGGAACCUUUCCUCAGCUUUGGAGACUCAAGACAAUCGCCUUCUGCUACUUCCUCUGAGCAUUCAUCAGAGAAUGGCAGCCUCAGGUUUUCCACUCCACCUGGUGAGUGGGAUGGAGCACUGGCUUGUGAGCACAGUGGUACAGUAUUUGGGACCAGCACUCCCCAUCUGAACUCUAGACGAUCCAGCUCUAAGGAUGGCCGUCGCAGUGAUACAUGUGAAUUUUGCGGCAAGGUUUUUAAGAACUGCAGUAACCUGACAGUGCAUAGGCGCAGUCACACUGGUGAGAGGCCUUACAAAUGUGAGCUAUGUAGUUAUGCCUGUGCCCAGAGCAGCAAGUUGACGCGACACAUGAAGACACAUGGACAGUCUGGAAAAGAUGUUUACAAGUGUGAAAUUUGCCACAUGCCUUUUAGCGUCUACAGCACUCUGGAAAAACACAUGAAAAAGUGGCACAAUGAUCGACCCUUGGCCAAUGAUAUAAAAACAGAAUGGAAUGAAAACACACACUCUGCCAUGCACUGA